AUGAAUUAUUUCCCUUGCCCCAUUCAUAAUGGACAUGUGCUUUCCAUCAUCUGCACUGAUAAAUCUUGUAAUGAGACUUUAUUAAUUUGUCGUAAAUUCAACUUUUUUAAAUUAAAGCUCUGUGCGAACAUGCAGAUCAUUAGAAUCAUCAAACUUUGCCAAUCAAAAUCAUGUUGCAAUUAGUCGAGACUGCUCAUAAUAAUGCUGGAGAGUAGAAUUAUAACAGCAUCUUUGAUGUCUCUAUCUUUCUAGAUCAACAGCAUUGCGAGUGUUUGCGAACUGUAUGCAUGCGAAAUUCUAAUCAAAUUAGGUGCACAAUUUCAUUGAGGCAUUGAAGAAUACUUCGAAAUAGUUAAUUAAGAAGGUGGAUACUUAUUACUUGGAUCUAAAAAAUCAGCUGAAAGCCUUUGCUAGUUCAAAGAUCCCAAUCCACUAUCUUUUAGACUCAGUCUCCAGCUACACUGGUUUUCAAUAAUACAAAAAGAAUAUUCAGUACUCAAAUUCAUUAUUUAGAUAAAUUCUGGAAUAAUUCGUCUUCGGCAAUGGAGUAGCGAGUAGAUAGAGCAUCGAUUCUGCGAUUAUGAAUGCAUGCAAAAUUCAGAUUGGACAGCUGAAUGAUCAAUUGAUCGACUUGUAAAAUGAGUUGGACGCGAAAAUUGAGAACCUGGGUAAUUUGUUUAGAGCCUAACCCAUAACUGCUGUUGAUUUAGUGCAAUCAAUUUCAUUUUAAUUUUCUGCGCAAUUCAAGGGUGCCAACAUUACCAUAUCAGGACAAAACUUGAUUGCUGAAUAGAAGACUUCUGAAUCCAAUGGACAGAGAUUUACUAUUUGCGAACCAUGCAUUCCCAAGAAUGGAAUCUACAAAUUUGGUUUCAAAGUAAUUAAAUAUGCUGGUUGGAUUGGAGUUGGUGUUUGUCAUAGAGAAGUGAUUGUGAGUGCUAAUUAUAAGUUCAAUUAUACUAAUAUUGGUCAUGGGUAAUGUCAUGUCCAUAUUGUAGAUCCUAUCUCAUAUCAAAUAAUGCAUACUCAUGGUCACACCUCUAGAAAGACUUGAAUUCAGCCCAUAAAUCAUUCGAUUUUGGAGUUGGAGACAUCAUCGUGAUCGAAGUGGACAUCCCAAAAAAGAAAAUCACUUGGCAAAAGAAGAAAACUUAGAUUAAAUUUGUAAUUCCCAAUAUUUAAUAAACAAUAGACAAUGAAUCUGGACACUAGUUAAGAUUUAUAUCCAUGUGCUAAUCUAUGUAGUCCUGGAGAUACUGUAGAAAUCAUAAAUAAGGUUGAAGCUUGAUAUAUCUAUGUUAAAUUACAC